UCACUCCUCACUGUUCAACUCCCUCCACCUACCGUCACUCAUUCCCAGUCCCUUAGACCAACGCCAUCUACCAUCUAUGUAGUGCAGAGAAAGCGUCGGCGGUCUUUCUUUUCACUCUGCUUUUAUCCCCACUACCACGCCAUGCCGCGGCGCAAACCCUCCUCACCUGCUCCGUCGUCCUCUCACUCGUCAACAGCCAUGACCCCGGACACGGCCGACAGCAGCAGUCCGCUGCUGGCACCCCUCCCCACAACCACCACCACCCCGCGGCCACCACGCCCCCGGAAAAUCCCCGGCCAGUCCUUCACCGCGCGCGGCGUGCUGGUCGGCCUGGCCGUCGGCCUCGUCAUCUGCUUCUCCAACAUGUACUUCGGCCUGCAGACGGGCUGGGUCAGCACGAUGACGAUGCCGGCCAGCCUGCUGGGCUUCGGGGUGUUCCGCCUGCUGCGCGCGCGCCUGGGCGACGACGGGCUGCGCCCGCCCUUCUCGCCCGUCGAGAACGUGCUCGUGCAGACCGUCGCCGGCAGCAUGGCCAUCAUGCCCCUCGGCUGCGGCUUCGUCGGCGUCCUGCCCGCCAUGAACUACCUGCUCGCCCCCGAGGAGCGCGGGCCCAUCGUGCUCGGCCUCGGAAAGCUCGUGCUGUGGAGCUUGGGGCUGUGCUAUUUUGGUGUCGUGUUUGCUGUGCCCCUGCGCAGGCAGGUCCUCAUCAGGGAGCGCCUGCGGUUUCCGAGCGGGUUUAGCACGGCGGUGCUGAUCAGCGUGUUGCAUGGCCAGACGAGGGAUGAUGGUGGUGGUGGUAGUGGUGGCGAUGGGCCGGAUGGGAAGGGGGUGGCGGCCGCGUCGGGGUUUGCGAGCUUGGCUGCUGCCCCGGCUGGGGAGGAUGAGGAUGAGACGGUGGUGGUGCAGCCGGUGAGUGGGGAGGGGGAGUCGACGCGCAACGCCGAGUCCUGGCGGCGGAACGUGCGCCUGCUGCUGGUUUGCUUUUUCAUUUCCGGCGUGUUCACAUUUGCGACUUACUUCGUUCCCGUGCUGCGGAACAUCCCCAUCUUUGGCUCGGUCGCCGCGAGCACCUGGCUGUGGACGCUCAACCCGAGCUUGGCGUACGUCGGCCAGGGCAUCAUCAUGGGACCCGCCACGACGCUGCAUAUGCUGCUGGGUGCUGUCGUCGGCUGGGGCGUCCUCUCGCCGCUGGCCAAGAGCCGUGGGUGGGCGCCAGGCCCGGUGGACGACUGGGAGAACGGGAGCAAGGGGUGGAUCGUGUGGACUUCGCUGGCCAUCAUGCUGGCCGAUGCCGUCGUCAGCCUGGGCUAUCUCGCGUUCCGCUCGGCGAGUCAGUACCUCGCCCAGCAGCGAGGUGCCCUUCGCUUCCGGCUCAUCACCGGCAGGGUGAAGACGCUGUUGCGUCGGAAGUCGCAUGCGGGGUACGUGCCCGUCGACGUUCAUGCUGAUGGCAGUGCUGCCCUCGCAUCAUCUGGGCCCGCGGGCAGCACUGCUUCCUACAACGAAGACGCCAACUCCUUGCUCGGCGAACUCGAGGAGGAGAAAGACGGGGAGGACGACGCGCCACUGGACCAGCAGGUCAGCGACCGCAUCGUUGUCGUCGGCCUGGUGCUCUCCAUCCUCUUUUGCAUCCUUUGCAUUCACAUCGUGUUUGGCGACCUCGUCCCGCUCUACGCGACCAUCACGGCCGUGUUCAUGGCCCUCGUGCUGAGCAUCAUGGGCGUGCGGGCCCUCGGCGAGACCGACCUGAACCCCGUCUCGGGCAUCAGCAAGCUUGCCCAGCUGUUCUUUGCCCUGAUCGUCCCGCAGUCGAACAAGUCCAGUGUCUUGAUCAACCUGGUCGCCGGUGCCGUGUCCGAAGCGGGCGCGCUGCAGGCGGGCGACAUGAUGCAGGAUCUCAAGACGGGGCAUCUGCUGGGCGCGGCCCCCAAAGCGCAGUUCUGGGGACAGGUCAUCGGCGCGACCGUGGGCGCCGUGGUCAGCGCCUUCAUCUACCGGCUGUACACAUCGGUAUACCAAAUCCCCGGCGACUUGUUCCAAGUCCCGACCGGCUACGUCUGGAUCUUCACCGCCCGGCUUGUCACGGGCAAGGGGCUGCCGCCUAUGGCCAAGGAAUGGUCCAUCGGCGCGGCCGUGCUGUUUGCUGCCACGACGGCCGUGCGCACCCAGACGGCGGGCAGUCGCUGGCACGCCCUGAUCCCCGGCGGCAUCGCGGUUGCCGUGGGCAUGUACAACGUCCCGUCGUUCACCCUGGCGAGGACGGUCGGCGGCCUGCUCGGCUGGUGGUGGCGGUUUGUCAUGGGAUGGCAGGACACGCCGCUGAUCGUGUUGGCUUCGGGUUUCAUUCUUGGUGAAGGGUUCUUGAGCAUUGUGAACCUGAUCAUGCAGAGCGUGGGUGUUCCUUAUCUUUGAUGGGAUAUCGGUUGAACUUGGGAGUUUGGGCAUGUGUGGUUUGCAUCAGCAGGGCGUUUUGGAUAGAUCACCUACCUCAUUCUUGAUUUCAGUCAAGCGGGAGCGA